GAAGUAAGGGAGACAAUGGAGAGGGUGUGUACUUCAUAGUACCAUCCAUCAUAGCCCAGAGUGUGUCAGUACUUAAGUCGCAGUAUAUAAAAGAGGUGAGGUACAUGUCUAGAGGGCUCAUAGAACCACAAAGACUCAAACAGAAUCAAAGCUUUUUCAAACUGGUUCAGGGCCAACCAGCAGGUACUGUUGCAUUUUUUCUCAGCGGUGACCAUGUGGACUUUGAUACUUGUAUUUGUUGCUACUGGGCUGCCAGCUCUACUUCAAGCAGCACCAGCUCAGGGAAACAGUGGCAGAUGCAGCAUUGCUAGUGUUCUCUAUGUGGAAGGGACCAGCCAUUAUUCUCUGACUUUCCAUCAGGCUUUGGAAUUGUGUCAGAAUUCAGGCUACAAACUGGCAACAGUGGAGCAGGUCAUUGAAGCUUUUAAAAAUGGCUUGAGAACAUGCAGAUAUGGCUGGAUUGAUGGCCAGAAAGUCACGUUCCUCCCACAUAUCAAUGAUCCAAAUUGUGACUCCAGUUCUACUGAGGUAACUUUCCAUGCUGAAGAGACAGAAUAUCUUUCUGAUGUCUACUGCUUUAACCCGUCAGAUUCAUUUGAUCAAAACUGUAAAGAUUCCAUUAAGUCUGAACCUGAAACCUAUACUAAUGGAAACACAGUCACAACAAACAGAAAACCAAAUGACGACAUUCUUAAGGAGGCCGAGACUGAAGGCUUCCUAGUAGAUGAGGAAAAGACAAAACAAAACAAAAAAAGAGCAAUUUCACCUAUGAAUGAUGAUGUAAUCCCCACCCCAGGUGAACUGAUCAGAAUAAACCUUAUGGGCUCUGAAGAUUUCUCCACUGCAAAAUCAGAUGAAGAACCGAUUGACAUGGAGGCCCCAGAAACAGUUCAUAUGCAAAAUGCCACUCAUAUACUUGGGGACAACAGUGUGACACAGACAACUGUCCCUGAUAUAGACAAUAUGAACAUGAAACCUUAUACUCUCCCCUACAGGAACAGACACAGAGACACCAAAGGUCCUACAAACAAGCCCCACUUUGGAAAGAGCUCAUCCUCUAUCAUCCCCAAUUUCUUGCUCCCUGAGACAGAGGGCAGUGGAUCAGGAUCAUAUACUGGGAUAUUGUCAGAGGAAACCGAGCUUACUCAUUUCACUACAAGGCCAGUUACUACAGGGGCAGCUGAUAAAGAAACCAUCCAAAAAAAGAAUGAGGAGGUUCGUGAGGAUGCUCCAAAACAGGAUACCAAUUCAAAAGUCCCACCUAAAAGCCGAAAGCAAGAUGUCCUUGGUGCAGAUUCACCUUCAACACCAACUGGUCAAGUGGGGGAAGGUACACCAACUUGGCUGAUAAUCUUUGCAUUCUGUGUGGUUGUUGGAGCCAUACUGUGCCUAUUUGCUGCUAUUGCCACAAAAGACAUGUGGUACGGACCAAGACAGAGCAAAAACAUCACGUCUGAAGAGUACAGUAAAGCAGCAACACUGCCACUGUCAGAGAAAGAGCAGGAGAUGGUGACAUUGAUGAGCGUUGGGAAUCUGAAGAAUGAUACAAAGGAGGACAUUACCAUUACCUGUGUGGAUGAGCAUGAGAGAGAAUAUUUGAUGCAGCACAAGUGAGGCUAAAAAGUGGAAAGAAUAUGGACAUGAAAUGCUCAAGCUUUGACUGAAAAUGUAUUGAAACCAAAAUACUUUUACAAGAACUUUAGUGCAUUCUGAUUUUGGUAAACUCUGCUGCUCUGCUUAAUACACUGAUAUUAGGAUGCUUUUUCUGUUUAGUCAGAUUUUUAGUGCAAUUUGCUUCCAUUAUGUCGCCACAGAAUCAUUUUCAGCCUUUUUUUAUCGCUUAUAGACACAUUUUUAAGAAUUAUAUGGUGAGAAAACAUUUUUGAACUGGUUGCCAACAUCCAUUCGUAAGUACUAUGUACUGUCUGUGUGAGAUAAGAUACACUUUUUGAAUGUAAGAAGAAGCUGCAAUAUCUUCAAGAAUCACAUAAAUAAUUUCCAAUCUUGCAAUGAAGCAGUUGCGAAUAUUUGCAUUUGAAAAACAUUUAUUAAAGUACCAAUAAAGAUGUAUUUUGUCAACACUCGAGCACAGUUAUAGAGG